AUGCAGCAUUACGGGGUAAACGGUGGUUACUCUCUGCACGCCAUGAACUCCCUGAGCGCGAUGUACAACCUGCAUCAGCAGAGCACGCAGCACGCGCCCGACUACCGGCCCUCCGUGCACGCGCUCACGCUCGCCGAGAGACUGGCCGAUAUCAUCCUGGAGGCGAGGUACGGCUCUCAGCACAGGAAGCAGCGGCGGAGUCGUACGGCCUUCACCGCUCAGCAGCUGGAGGCUCUCGAGAAAACCUUCCAGAAAACACACUAUCCUGAUGUAGUGAUGAGGGAACGGCUGGCAAUGUGCACUAACCUGCCUGAGGCUCGAGUACAGGUUUGGUUUAAGAACAGACGUGCGAAGUUCCGUAAGAAGCAGCGCAGUCUACAAAAAGAGCAGCUCCAGAAGCAGAAGGAGGCGGAGUCAGAAGGAAAUCAGGGAAAAGAGGAUAAAGAAGCCCCACCCACAAAAACACCUCAAACUCCACCUUCACCCUCAGAAGGUACUCGAGCCAAUCUUCCACCUCCGGAUGAGCUGAGCGAGGAAGUGAACGUUACCUCACCCGAGCAUUCAGGGGUGGAGUCAGGAGCAGAGGAUUUGACUGACAGAGAGGACGAACCACCCUCAUUCAGAGAGGAGGAGAAAGGGGCGGGGCCAGCGUUGACAGGCGGCACACCUUCACCAUGUAAACCACUCAGUCCAAAAUCAGAUUCUCCUCUCGCCUCGCCGUCUCUCCAAUCCUCCAGCGCUCUCGGCAGCGGUUUAGUCCAAACCAACUCCUACGCUUCGUCUCCUCUCAGCCUCUACCGUCUACAGGAGCAGUUUCGGCAGCACAUGGCCACCACCAACAACCUGAUGCACUACUCUCCCUUCGACAUGGCCGCCCCAUCCUCCUCCUCCUCCUCCACCUCGUCUUCUUUAGCUUACCUGGGCAUGAACAUGAACAUGAACAUGAGCAUGAACAUGGCGUCUCCGCUCGGCCCUCUGCAGUGUCAGUCGUAUUACCAGUCUCUGUCUCAGCAGGUGUGGAGCAGUCUAAACAGCAAGACGAGCAGCAUCGAGAACCUGCGCUUCAGGGCCAAACAGCACGCAGCCUCGCUCGGAUUGGAAACGCUGCCCAACUGA